AUGCCGCAGACGCAGGAGACGAUGGCAAGUGCUACUCUUGACGCACUUCGGGCUGCAUUGACAUCGGGACAAAUGUCGGCGUUGAGGGAAGUGAAGGCGGAUGCCGUGCUGUUCGAUGAGGUGAAUGCUCUUCCCGAGUUGUUGCGUCUGUGUGGUUUGAUUGAGGCGGGGCACAAUCUGGCUUUGAUGAAUGCAGCUUGGAAACUGCUUCUUUCUGUUUCCUCACUCAAUACCAUUAGUCAACCCGUAUACAGCGGGAUCCUGCAGUUCAUGCUCUCCCAGCUACACCACCAUGUCUUUUCUCACGACUGGUCCGAUGCGAAAAAGAUAAAAUUGACUUCUUUUGUUGCCUCUCAUGUUGUUUCAGCGGUGCGAGCACAUCCUUUUAUUGCGGCUCGAGACGAGAGGUUGGUUCAGUCGAUUGUAGGGCUUCACGCUGUCGUUUGCCUCACGGUUGCAACGAGUGGUCAUAAGGAGGCAGCGCAGCAGCUACACCAGUGCAUCGUUGUCCGCUUGCUGGCCAUUUUGGAGGCGAUGGGAUCUUCGUUUUCUGCGUCGUCACCACUUUCAGCGGGUGAACAUUUGAGAUUGCUUCUACAAUGUCUUGCCGACCCACCUCCGGCUGCGACGGCGGAGUUGGCAACGGCGUCUGUUGCCGCUGGCUCUUCAGUAGCGGCAUUGGCUGCAAUGUUAGCAGCAACGCGUUCCUUCCAGGUCUGCGACCGGGCAUAUGUGGAGAGAAUACUGGCCGCAUUUCUCUUAUGGUUGCCCGAUAUGCGGCUUGUCUUCUCGGAUGUGGCGGAACAAGAGGAGACGACAGAAGCAGCAGAAACAACAGUAACAACAGUUCUAGCAGCGUCAUGUGACAAGGAUCCUGACAUAGUUCUGUGCCAUAGAAUAGUGCGACACGCAAGGAAUCUCCCACGCGCCGUGUUUUUUCCAGAACAAGACGGCGAUGGGGCUGCCGAGUCCUCAGGCGAGGUGCAUCUCAACGCGCAGCUGCUUUUGCUUCUUCGAAGCCUUGCGUGCAGAAGUGUGGAUGCCAUACGGGGCGGGGAGUGGCGCGACAAGGAAGGGUCGCCUGGCGGUGGCUCGCUUCUGCGCUGCCGUGUGUUUAGUUUACUCAUGACAGCGCUCCUUGUGCCAAAUGACACCAGUGCAGCGCGUGUGCUGUUGGUGUGGGAGGCCGUGCUGAGCCGACUGUCCAACGCAGACCGGGAGGGACUUGGAGUGGAGCUGCUACAGCUUGGCGAAGAGCAGCUCCGCGCCCUCCGUGAGCUUCCAGCGGAAUCACGCGACAGGGCGACAUGCUUGCGACGCCUUCUGAACGCCCUGGCGGUGCUUCUGACGGAGAUCUGCAGACAGCUGCAGCGCCCACCGAAAUCACUUUAUGGGUCGUUUGCAGAAACAACAGCAACACGCAUAUCGUCAUUAAACCCCACUUCAUUUUGUACUCUGGUGAAUGUUCUUUACCAUCAAUCGUCUGUCUAUCAGUGGUGGAACGAGAAGUCGAUCCCAAAAGAGGAGGUGUUAGGCGGUACGGAGGAGGAGGCAAAAGCAAUUCAUGAUGAACUUCGGGCUGUGCUCACGGAAUGGCAGGAUUAUACCUCUUUGAAGAUCAACAGCGACAUGGCAUCACGCAUUUGCAUCACUAUUGCAUCUGUCCCGGAGAGGGUGCAUAACAUACUGGAGCGGACUAAUUCGCCUAAAAGCAUCACGGCUGUUCUUCUGAUCGCUACGAAAGUUCUUCAAAAACUUGCGGAGGAAUUAAAUACCUCCUAUGCUAUUUGCGAGUGCGCACGUUUUGUGGCGGCAGAGCUUGUUGCUGUGACGGGAUUUGUACUUUCUGAAGACCCGACUUUUCUGGCGUGCAUACGUCGUCUUGUGGACAUUAGCUUCGCUCUAACCGAAGACGGAAAAGAAGUUCGGGUGGAUGGGAUGCUUCGAUAUCACGCCGCCGUGUGUCUCCGGAACUUUGCACAGCGCAACGCGGUUGUGCCGUUGGGCCAACUUCGACUUUCGGAGGCGGUGACGACCGCGCUGAGGAUUCUGCUGCAGGGAGGUGAUGUUGCUGACACAGAUGUCAGUAUGCGUGAUUGUGAGGGUUUUUUAGCCCAUCGCUUGGAAGAGUGGAAGAGUCUUUUGUCACGAAGCGGUCACGCAGCGAAGAGCAGUCAGUCGGCGGGCUCUUUGGUUGAGUUUGCGCUUCACGCAGCUUCCACUUUUUCGCAGAGUGUGAUUGACGGCCACGAGGGCCAGUUCUUUUUGCGGCUGCAGCGCAGUGAAGAUACGGUGCGGUCGGUUUUGCAGUGGCUAAAGGCGGGUCGAGCCCUGCAGCCGUCGGAGGAGGAGACACUGGUGCGGUUAGAGCAGCUUGUGUGUGCAGCGGCGAACAUGACACGCCACGCGCUCAGCAGCAAUGGGGAUGUGUUCUGCUCGUCUGCCGACAUUGGGGCGGGAGCAACGCAGACGACAGGGCUGAGCCCGGAGAUAAUUAACGUGGAUUAG